AUGGCCACCUUAGCCGCACAACGACGCGCGCAACUCGACGGCGAGAAUGACCCACUGAACCCACAUAAUAGGAGUUACCCGUCUAGGAUAUUCGCUACCGCAUUGAUCGCAGGCAUUGGUUUUGUUGUCGGGGUUGCCAGUUCGAUCGACUCCAGCGCACUAAGACCGGCUGCUGCUGAGUUCGGCGUCAGUGAAGUGACAGAGUCUCUGGCGACGGGAUUGUAUCUUAUUGGAUUUGGCGUCGGGGCGUUAUUCGCAGGGCCAGUGUCCGAGACAUUGGGCAGAAACCCCGUGUACAUUGUUACUCUAACCCUUUACAUGAUCUUCAUAAUGGCGUCCGGCCUUGCUCCCGAUAUUGGAGCACAGCUUGUUUUUCGCUUCCUCGCGGGCUUCUUCAGAUCCACUCCCUUAACCUGCGCCGGUGGCUCCAUAUCCGACCUAUGGUCCCCGAUGGAACGGGUAUCCGCCUUCCCCGUCUUCGCAAACGCCGCAUUUACGGGACCUGUACUCGGCCCGGUCAUGGGUGGCUUCAUUGCUCAAAGCAGUGCCGUGAGCUGGCGCUGGACUGAAUGGACAACCCUCAUCAUGUCCGGACUGAUCCGCGGAGCUGUGGUAGUCUUCCAACCGGAGACAUAUCCGCCCGUUCUGUUGGCUUGGAAAGCGUGGCAUCUUCGCGCUGUCACUGGCGAUGACAGAUAUCCCUAUGGGUACGAUUACAUCUUCGGCGAAAUCCAUGGAACAAGGUUAGGUAUCACAGGGCUAUGCUCCCUCGGCAUCACAGUUGGACUUUUCGGAGCUACGGCACUUGUCCCUCUCAUUUACAAAGGAGGAGGCACGAGAUUACCACCUGAGUUCCGGCUGUGGUUCAGCAUGUUAGGCGGCGCUCUGGCAAUACCCAUCAGCUUGUUCUGGAUGGGCUGGACGAGCUACUCUUGGAUAUCCAUCUGGUCACCGCUCGACGCAAGCGUUCUUUUCGGCUACGGUAUCCUCUGCGUCUUUAUCAGCUCCUAUCAGUACAUCAUCGACUCCUACGAAUCGUAUUCCGCAUCAGCUCUCGCGUCCGUUACGCUCAUUCGCUAUGUGGCUGCAGGGGCUAUGGCAGUCGUGGGAAUCCUAUUCUAUGAAAACAUGGGCGUACAUUGGACGCUGACGAUUCUGGGCGGGAUUAGUGCGCUGCUGGUCCCGGUGCCGUAUCUGUUCUACAUGUAUGGGAAGCAAAUUAAGGGAAAGAGUAAGUAUGCUGUUGCGAAGGACUGA